UCGGAAGAUUCACGCGCGUCAUUGCGCGCGUCGAAAAAAAUCCGCGAGUGCCAUGAUUUCUGCAAUCGACUGUAAAUAAGUAGUGCUGAACAUCCUCCUGCUGGGGUCAUUCCGCCAAUAUCGCGGUACCGUGACCGGUUCUUAUCAUUGGAAAGUUGACUCAGUGAAUGCGACUGACCUGGCUGGCACGGCGGUGGCUAAAAACAUCCAUAUCCCAAAGGUUUCUUAAAGUCAUCACCAUGGACCACGAUGCAGCGGGCUUCGGAGGAUGGACACGAGAAGACCUCAUCUCUCGCAUCCGUGAACUCGAGCGGCUCAAGCUCGCCGACCAGACAGGACCAUCGAGCAGGGAACAACGCAAUAGCAAGACGUCCUACCCCUCCGCGCACCCGCGGCGCAAGAUCGCCCUCAAGUUCACAUACCAUGGCGCACACUACUCAGGACUCGAGUACCAAGGGCUGCCGUCGCGACUGCCGACCGUAGAAGGGGUCCUGUUCGAUGCAUUGGUGCGUUGUCGCCUCGUUGAUCCCGAGGCUGGAUUUCAGGGCUGUGGGUGGGAGAAAUGCGGGAGGACGGACAAAGGGGUCAGUGCUGCCGCACAGGUCGUCAGUUUUUGGGUGAGGAGCGCAUUUGGCGAGGUGAAGCGGCCUCAAGAAGACAUCGGAGAGGAAACAUCAACGGAGGCAAAAGCAGAAACUUCCGACUCCCCACCCGUCGAGAAGGUGAAUAAUAAUGACGGUCCGGGGCUCGAAGGAGAUCUAGCCAUGAUGGGCGACUGGGAUGAGGCUCCGACCAACGCCUCACUCGAACAACCAGCUGAGGCCACAUCCGAGAUCCCUUACAUCUUCCGGCUUAACAGAGCCCUCCCACCCACAAUCCGCGUGCUCGCAUGGUCGCCCGUCGCAGACGAGUUCUCCGCCCGCUUCAGCUGUCGAUGGCGGCACUACAAGUACUUCUUCUCCCCGCGCGGGCUCGACCUCGCCGCCAUGCAAGACGCAGCGUCGCGGCUAGUCGGCGAGCACGACUUCCGCAACCUAUGCAAGGUCGACGCGUCGAAGCAGCUGACCUCGUUCACCCGGAGCAUCCUCUCGGCGGCGAUCAACCCCGUCGAAGACAACCCGCAUCUCUACGUGCUCGACCUCGUCGGCAGGGCAUUCCUGUAUAACCAAGUCCGACACAUCAUGGCAGUGCUCUUCCUUGUAGGCUCUAGGCUCGAGCAACCCUCCAUCAUAGACGCGCUUCUGAACGUCGACGGGGACAGUCCUCAUCCGCCCUCGCGUGAAGGCGAGCCCCAGCCGCCCGUCGUGUCCGGCAAACCGUACUACGAGAUGGCCGACCCACUGCCGCUCGUGCUGUGGGACACCGGCUACGACGAGGACGUGGUGUCCUGGCGCGCCGACUACGAGACCGAGUCAGAAGACAUGUCGCAGAAGAGCCUCGCGAACAACGUGUGCAACGUCCUGCAGUCGCUGCUCGACCGCUCGGAGAUCCACACCGCGCUUGACGCGCAUUUCCUGCGGGCGGCAGAGAAGCACCAUAGGCCGACCCCGCUGUACUUCCCCAUCGGCGCGGAGGGCACGAUUUCCAUUCAAAAGGAGAGCGUGUUGCCUGUGCCGCUAGGGGGAGGAGCGCACAAACGCGCAGCGGGCUAUACACCCCUGUUGGAGCGUGGAAGGAAAGACACACCCGAGGAGAUCAAUGAGCGGUGGAGGUUGGGGAAGGGCGCGAAGAGGAUGGACCGCAAGAACGCGGUAGCAGCGUCCGAGGAACCGUCGUGACCGCUGCGUACAUAAGUGCGCUAUGUCAAAAGCUCGCGAUGAGCACCAUUUCCUUCGGUAGCAAGGUAAAUAGUACGUUUCAUGUCUUCUCACGUCGCUGCU